AAGUACAUUUGCAUAUGUGUGUGUGUGUGUGUGUGUGUGUGUGUGUGUACACUUUAAAAUCGCAUAGUUAUGUUUAUCAGGUGUUUGUGUGUUGAAAAAGGUCGCGGGGUUUGAGGACUUUUAUUUUGCCUCUGAUUUUUUUUUUUUUUUUAAACUGUGAGUGUUUUGUCUCUCUCUGGUUGCCGUAGUUUCCGCUGCAGCUGUGUCAGCGCUAAAUAAAGACUGUAAUAAGGAGAAUAAAGCGCGUUUAUGCGCGGGUCUCGCGCUUAAUCCCGCAUUAAUAAACCCGCACGCUUUAUCAUGCGCGUGAGUAAUGAGGAUCAGCGCAGUGUCAGUGUGUGUUAGGUGUGUGUGUGUCAGUGUGUGUUAGGUGUGUGUGUGUGUUAGGUGUGUGUCAGUGUGUGUCAGUGUGUGUUAGGUGUGUGUGUGUGUGUGUGUGUCAGUGUGUGUUAGGUGUGCGUGUGCGUGUGUGUCAGUGUGUGUUCGGUGUGUGUGUGUCAGUGUGUAUGUUAGGUGUGUGUAUAUGUAUAUAGAAGCUGACAGGCCGUUGCGGGAACAUUAACACUGAGAACAGGAACAUCACUGAACAUCUCCAGCUUCCUCUGUGUGAGAGGCGUGGUCAUGGCGGCGUGUGGCUCCGACUCGGUGCACUACAUCCGUCUGCAGAAUGCGAGUGAGUGUGUGUUAGAGUCUCUGCGGUCUCAGCGGCGUGACGGUGUAUUCUGUGACGUGACCGUGCGGAUCCAGGACGCGUCCCUACGCGCUCACGCCUGCGUGCUGGCGGCCGGAAGCCCGUUCUUCCAGGACAAGCUGCUGCUGGGCCACUCGGAGAUCAGUGUUCCGCCCCUGGUUCCGGCCGACGCCGUGCUGCAGCUGGUGGACUUCCUGUACAGCGGCUCCAUGGUGCUGCUGCGCUCGCAGGCCCUGCGCAUGCUUACCGCAGCCAGCAUCCUACAGAUCAAGAGCGUCAUAGACGAGUGCACACAGAUCAUCUCCGCCUCCGCCAACCACAAACGGGCCGCUGCUGCUGCCGCUGCUGCUGCCGCCGCUGCCAAGAGCCGGGGCACCGAGGAGGGCGGGGCUGUGGGAGGAGCCAUGCCUGGGUUUGGAUACUCCAUGGAGGAGUGUGGUGAAGUCACAUCAGAAAGCACAGAGCAGCCGAGUGCACACUUCAUCUCACAACAUCAAGCGGGACUGCAGACAGGGGCGGGGCAAGGGGAGGCGGCCUCUCUGGAAGCAGGCGGAGUCGGCAGGAUGAUGCCCCCCCUCAGUGACCUGAUGUGCAGAGGGGAGGGGCUUGGUGCUUCAGGGGGCGGGGCCUCUCUGAAGCCUGUGAGCUGUCCUCAGGAGAUCCAGAGUUACAUGCUGAGCCAGAAUGCUGAGAGAACCACUGCGCAGAACCAGAGCCAGAACCGGGCGGAUUCAGGCCACGCCCCCAUCAACAACCCUGCCCCAUUGGGCAGGAAUGGCCUCCGUGGCAGCGGGGCAGGGUUUGUGGGCGUGGCCGAGGAGCUGCCUUUGGGGAUGGACAGGUUCAGUGAGGGGGAGGAGCUGGAGGACAGAGGGAGAGAUGGAGAGAGAGACAGAGGGGCGGGGCAUAGCCGCAAACAGAGACAACCACUAAGGUUACAGGUGAUGGGGCCGGAACAGGUGGUGGUGAAGGAUGAGGAGAACCUGCAGGAAGGAGAAAACCUGUUCCAACUGGACGAGCGACAGGACACAACACACACACCACACACACAAUCACACACACAAACCUACAGCCAGGCAGGGUUUUAUGAAGAGCAGAAUGUGUAUGCUGGAGGUUUUUGGCCACAGGCUGAUGCGUCUCAGGCUUUGGUGUCGAACCCCCGUUCCCGCGGCAACAAACCAAUGUCCCCACCCACCUCCUCGCACAUGAACAAUCAGAUGCUCUUUCAGUAUCCUGUCAGCGAAUCACAGCCGUCCUCCUUCUAUGUGGGAGGAGCUAUGACAAUGGACAGCAUGCCAGAGACAUGCCAGCAGGCACCGCCCCCUCCCCCGCUGACCCCGGCCCCUCCCCCUCCGGGCCCGGCCCCGGCAUGUGUCGCAGGUCCAAGUUUUACGGCUCAGGGAUCAGAAACUUCGUUCGACUGCAGCCACUGCGGCAAAUCACUGCGAUCACGCAAGAACUACAGCAAGCACAUGUUUAUACACUCCGGUCAGAAGCCCCAUCAGUGCAGUAUCUGCUGGCGUUCCUUCUCUCUGCGUGAUUACCUGUUGAAGCACAUGGUAGUGCACACAGGUGUGCGAGCGUUCCAGUGUAGCGUGUGCAGUAAACGCUUCACACAGAAGAGUUCGCUAAACGUGCACAUGCGCACUCACCGCGUCGAGCGCAACUUCUCCUGCACCGUGUGUAACCGUGCCUUCACGCACCGCACCUUGCUAGAGCGCCACGCCCUCCAGCACCAGCACCCAGCCCCGCCUAUCAAACCCCCGACCAACCACGGAGCCAUGGGCGGAGCUGGUGGGACCGGGCCCGCCCCCUAGUGGCCAAACUAAGACCUCGGGGUGGACGCCACUAAUAACCAUUACCAUCUAAAUAAUUACACAAUAAUAAUAAUAGUAAUAAUAAUAAUAAUAAUAAUUUAUUAUUAUUAUUAUUAAGACCUUUAGAAUUGACAUAUUCACUCAAUAGUUCACAGACCACACCGGGGGCGUGUCUUUAAGUCCAUAUAAGGGCAUAGCUAGCUGACGU